UCAAAUUGAACAAUGCCAUCGGAUUCUGAAGUGAAGGUACCAGGCAAGCGUGCAGGAAGACCGGUUUUAUUAACAGAUUCGGACCGAAAAAGAAGGAAGGCUGAAAGAAAUGCCGUGGGCAACAAAAGCAAAAUCUACAUUGGUAACCAGUAUGACCGGUGGGCUACUUUAAAAGAAGAAAUUGGAGCGAAAUCUCACGCUGAAGUGGCAAAAGUAUUAUUAGACAGGUAUGAUGUGUAUGGUAGUCAAUGGAAUAAAACACCUGGGUAUGAAAGCAGUGCCUCAACUACAGUUGCAGGGCCGUCUGAACAGAAUAAUUCUGUUUCAGAAAUUAUGGAGAGCACUAAUAAUUGGAUAACUACAUUCAAAGAAGAGCCAGCUGAUGAAGAACCAGAUGAAUCUGAUAGAUCCUGGAUAGACCAGGAACCAGCCGGAUUGAUGGAGGAAGAUGUCAAACCAGAUGUAUCACAAAUAUCCUGUUCCAACAAGGAAUCAGAUCGUAUGUUAAUUCAAAUGUCAGGAAUGUCUGGAAUGUCACAUCUAAACAAAGCAGAUUCAGAGUGUAGGAAGCAGUGUGCAUUAGAACAAUCUAAAAGUUGUAUUAAUCCUUCUGAGAAAAUGGUAGACUCAUUCAUUGUAAAUGCAUUAGAUGAAAGCUUUGAAGGAGAGGGUGAAGUAAAAAUAGAACCAUCUGAAGUAGAAGAAGAAUUGGAAACAGAACCAUCUUCCAUGUAUUAUUGCACUUUUUGUAGUUAUACCAGCAAACAUAAACAAAAUGUGAAAAGACAUACACAAAAUGCACAUACUUCUGGAAAUAAUGCAGAAACUAUGUUUGUAUGUGAUCAAUGUGGCAGCGUUUUUAAAACAGCGGGUGGAUUAAAAAUACAUUAUAAGGGCAAACAUACUCAAGAGUUUAGAUUUAAGUGUAAAGUGUGUGACAGAGGCUUUAACACACUCUGGAACUAUAGAGGGCAUAUAACAACACACGAACCAGUGCUUAGACACCGAUGUGAUGUGUGUGACAAGACUUUUGCUUUCAAAGAAACAUUAAAACAACACAUCACAUCAGUUCACACUAAUGAGACAAGUAGCAUCAUAUGUAGCAAAGAAGGAUGCGGAGCUUCAUGCAAUUCACAGAAAUCUUUAAAGGAACAUUUCCUUGCAGUACAUGGUGGAAGGGUACUCAAGUGUGAUUUAUGUGGAAAAUCGUUUAAGUGGAGAUCAAGUUUAAAAUACCACAAAGAACAUGUGCAUUGUUAGAUUUUUUACACUUUGUACUUGUUUAAUUGUCAUGUUACGGUCCUUUUACUGAACAUGGAUAUUUGUUAUUUUUAUUUACGAUUGUUCACGUUAUAUGGUAGUAUUUUAACUUGUCUAC